GCGCUUGAGUGGUGACGAAGCAACUUUCGGUUGCGGUGCAGUAUGGUAGGCGUGGAAGGCUUGGCAGGAAAGGAGACCGUUAUUGCCGAGGCGAAAACCAGAAGACAAGACUUGUACUGCUUGAUUGUUAGAGCUGUUGCUGGGGUACCAGAUACCACAGAGUCAUUUUGAAGAGCGAGCGAGGUCAUGCAGAAGAGCUUUGUUUGUUAGAUUAUCUCAUUGUUCUGACAGAUAUGUUUGCUGUGUGGAUCCCAAAUGAUUAAAGUCAUGUUUUGAGACGUUUGUUUCCAUCAUGCCUGUUGGAGAUGCCGGACCAGGCCGGGGCAAUGGCGGAAGGUUGCCCUGGGUGUUUGUGGUCCUGAUUCUUGCUGUCGUCACCUCUUCUUCGCUCUCUGUUCUUUCCCUGUAUCAUGUUCUUGCCCUGCAGGCCGAGGUGGAGGGUCUGAGGGCCGAGGUGGUCCGCAAGAGAGAGGAACAAAGCGGGAAACUAGAAGAUCCUGUGGAGGAGGCAGAGAAACAAGCCCAGCAGCAGAAACAAGAGGAGAAUAAAGACAAAAUUGAGUGUCUGCAGCAAACCGAGAUGGAGGAGACCGGACCCGAAGACCACAACGGCAUGGCGAAAAGAAGUCGUGGUCAAGUCUCGGACAAAACAGCCUUUCAGCCCUGCUUACAGAUGAUGGCAGACAACAGGAGGAAAACCUUCCAAAAGGAGUUUGCAUUAGAAAUAUGCACAGCGGUUCCGUGGCAGACGGGCCUAAAGCGAGGCUCUGCUCUGGAGGAAGAACGAGGCACCAUUUUAGUCAAAGCGGAAGGAUUCUUCUUCGUCUAUAGUCAGCUCUCCUUCUCCCAGGUGUACUACAUAGACUCAACGUUCGCCAUGGGCCACAUUGUGAUUCGUAUAAAGAAGAAUGUUGUUGGUGAUGAGAGUCAGCAAGUGGUCCUGUUUCGUUGUAUUCAGAGCAUGAAUCCGGUCAAUCACUUCAACACCUGCUACACUGCAGGUGUAGUGAAGCUGGACUCUGGGGACAAACUGGAGCUUCUUAUACCUCGUACCCAAGCAAAUAUUUCUCUGGAUGGGGAUUCCACCUUCUUUGGAGCGAUCAAACUUGCCUGAUACAGGGCUGAACUUUACAACAGAUGCUCAGCGAUUCUGGAUGUGCUCUGUACUGCAGGGCAUUGGACAUUGACUUUACUGUAUGUUAUGAAUAGUGAUGGAAUAUGUAUUCAUUACAUGCGCUUUGGUUCACACCCCAGGGCCACUUUGAGUAGACGUGAUAAUGACAUGAACGGAUGUGUGACAUUAACACAUUCUGUUUUGUUUUCUUGUUAUGCUUGUGCAGUUUUCGUCACAUGAUUCAUGACUCAGACAUAUAUAUAUAUAUAUAUAUAUAUACUGUGACUUGUGAGUGACAUUUCACAUUGACUUAUAUUUGAAGAGCUUAUUCGCAAAAACAGAUAAUUCCAUUUUUAAGCAUUUUCAAAAAUCAUGUUUUUUUUAAUGUGUAUUCCAAGUAUUAUCAAGCAAACUGCAGUUGGGUUGUUUUGAUUAAGUAAUAAUAACUAGAAAUACAGCUGACUAACACAAUAGUUCAUGAAAACAUAUUAAAAAACAUGCAUUUGGAUUUUUUAAAUAGAGUUAUCUGUUUUUGCAAAUAAACUCUUCAUUUACUCGUCUUCGGUAUUGACAGAAAAACAUGUUUUUCAUUUCUUGCACAAAAUAAAACAUAUUGUAUUUUUCGAACGAUAUGUCAAGGAACAACUCUCGUAUUGGCUUGCUUGCUAACAAAGCAAUAAAAAUUACAACACAAAAGUUGACUGCACGUUUGCAAUUUCAAUUAAAAAUGGUGCUGCCAUGUUUCGACCAGCAGAUGGCGACAAUAUCACGUUGUAGAACUGUGGACCCCAUUGCGUUCGCAUUUCAAAGUCAGCUACCAAUCUGUCUGUCUGUUUAGACCCCGUGCAUGUCUUGGUUUUGGUCACCUUUUUGGCAAUACCAUUACAUUUAUUUUGGCGAACUUUAUUAUAUACCAUAUUUAACAACAGAGUCAGUGCAUUUUUCUUUCAAAUCAUUUACUGCUUUACACAGGCAAGGACCACACAUUUUUAUUAUAAACAGAUACUUUAAACACUGUCAAUUUAAACAUUUUGCUGAUGUUUGCAUGUUUUUUUAAGAUCUUCAAGAGAUGAAAAUUCUGUCAUCAUUUACUCACCCUCAAGUUGUUACAAAUCUGUAUAAAAUACUUUGUUUUGAACACAAAGGAAGAUAUUUGGAUGAAUGUUAGCAUCAUUGACAACCAUAGUAGGAAAAUUAAAAUGGUAGUCAAAGGUGCCCCAGAACUGUUUGCUUUACUAAAUUCUUCAAAAUGUAUAAUUUUGAACAGAAAUCAUAACUGCCUUUGAAAAAAUUCUUCCAAACAAUUCCUUUGUGUUUUCCAAAAAAGGACAAAUAAAUGCGGAAACGCUUGAAUCUCUCAAAGACUUUUCUUUCACACUGUACUUGUGCUUGCUUUGCAGUUUCCAGGGCAGAAACAUUUGAUUGAUUCAGAUCAUUCAGCAACGUUCAAAUCAAAGAUUGUCCACUGAAAAAGGAACAUCGGGCCUGCCAAAGUCUAAAAAAUUGACCGAAUCCUUGUAUAGCUCACCCAGUGAGAGACUACCUCCAGAGCUGUCGCUUAGGGAUCCUGAGGAAGUGAUGGCUUCUUUUAAAUCGUCUCUCAUGCUGAGGUAUUGACUCCACAGCAGGGAGGGAACCGCUCAUUUCAGAGAUCAGAUCAGUCAAACACACUUGAACUCUAUCCGAGAAGCUCAAUGAAGAUCGAUGAACGUUGUUCGGCAAAGCUCCAGUUCUUUGGAUUAUUUUUCA